GGACGCGAUGCGUUAACGUUCGGCGCUGCCUGCGCUGCCAAUAUCAUUCCGAAUAGAAUAGAACACAUACUACGCACGCGUGGAAAAAUCCCACGAGAGAUUUGGGAUCAACGAUUUUUUUAUACAUCACAAAACUACCACUGGUGUAAAUUGUGACGAUUGUUAGUUCUGUUGUUUUUUAGCCAACGCCGAUAAGACAUGCCGGAGAACGUGUUAAACGGCGAUCACAUUGAUGUGAAAGGUGCCAAUUGCGAGUCCCAGGACAAUGAUGAAGAGAACACUGAAAAUGAUGUACAUUUUGAACCUAUAGUUUCUUUACCUUUAAUAGAAGUGUCCAACAAUGAGGAAGAUGAGGUAGAGAUGUUAAAAAUGCGAGCAAAAUUAUAUCGUUAUGAUACAUCGAAUAUUCCAGCGGAAUGGAAGGAGCGUGGCACAGGAGAAGUCAAAUUGCUAAGGCACAAAAUAAAAAACACAGUUAGAGUAGUCAUGCGCAGAGACAAAACCCUCAAGAUCUGUGCUAACCAUUUUGUGACUCCAUGGAUGGAACUAAAACCAAAUUGUGGCAGUGAUAGAGCAUGGGUCUGGAGUGUACUUGCUGAUUUUGCGGACGAACAACUCAAGCCGGAAUUGCUUGCAAUACGUUUUGCAAAUGUCGAAAAUGCAUCAAUGUGGAAGGAGGCAUUUGAAAAAGCUAAGAAGAUUGUAGGAUCUGAAUGUGAGAUUUAUGCCGGUAAAAACAAUCCAGAACAGAAGCACGGUGAAAGUGAUAGUGAAUCCAGCAGUGAUGUAAGUUAUGAUGAAAGUACCGAUAAUGAGGAUCAAACAAAGUUGCCUAAACAGACUGGAGAAUCUGCUGUGAUUUCUCAGCAGAGAGAAGUCGAGAAAGUACCGACGAUGUCGACAGAAAAGAAAGAUGUAGUAAUGACAAAUGAGGAGAAAAUAAUCAACGAAAUAACAAAGUUAAAAGUGAAAGACGAAGAUGUGCAUAUCAUGCCAUUAAAGUUUCAUUAUUUGAGCAUUGAUAAAUAUGUAAGUACAUUUUUUAGCAAUGUUAUAGAAAAGCUGAAUAAAUUUCCAAGUUACGCGAUAAAACUGUAUUUAUAUGAAUGUUAGAUAUUAUCUGUGAUUUUUUUAAACUGAGACCAUUUUAAAAUCGAUACAAAAUUGUGUUUGUACUGGAUAGAGUGUAUGUGAGAGAACGUGUGUGUCGACUGUUGAGGAAACAGGAAAUGAAUAAAUACAACGAUAAUUGUAUAAACAGAAAAUCUUCCGAAUUUUAUUUAUUUCUUAAUUCAGGAAGAUGAUUUAUGCAUUAUAUCAUUCAUUUUUUAAUAGUUAAUAAUUGCAUACCAUGUCUGUCUUAAGAAUAUCAAAUCGUAUGUUGAAAGAAUCACAAGUAGUAUAUUAUAAUAUAAAAUUGAUUUACUUGUUGCAUACUUAACAAUAUAAUAUCUUAAUCUACGAUUUCUCUGACAAUAUUUCCUCCUUGGAAAAUAUUUUCAAUAAAUUUUAAUUUUUUACUUUUUUUUUU